AUGAGGAUCCGGGAGGGCGCCGAGAGGCGUCCGGAUUUAAGAGCGGGCGGCGAGCUCCGGCGCGUCGAGGUGGACCGCGGUCGGGCGGGCUACGGCUUCACAGUCUCGGGACAGCGGCCGUGCUUGUUGAGCGACGUCCUGGAAGGGAGCGGCGCCCGCCUGGCGGGACUGCAACGUGGCGACGGCAUCGUGGCCGUCGCCGGAACCGACGUGUCCGACGCUUCGCGCGAGACCGUGGUGCGGAUGAUCGGCCGCUCCGUCGGGCCCUUGCGCUUGGUCGUGCGCGGCGAAGGGCGCGUCAUCGGGAACCCUAUCUUACACGACGAAAAGUUUCUAAUAAGCCCCGAAAAGGUCGCCGUGCUGCGCGACGACCGGCGCCGGUCGCCGGCUAAAAAGCAGAGGCCGUUGUCGGCGCCGGAUAUGUCGCCGCUGUCCCGAGAACGUUACGCUUUCACGGACGGCGAGGAGACGGGGAGCGUUUUCAACACGACCUUGGUGGUGGGCUACCUGAGCUCCACCGAGCUGAUAUUAAACACGCGGCGAUCGGAGGACGACGGCUUGAAGGCCAUCCGAGACCGAAUCCGCCAGCUGGGUACGGAGCAGGAUACGCACACGCUGGUGGUCAUGAAGCUGACGUCGGACUGCGUCCGACUUUGCGACGACGCGGGAGUCGUCCUGGCGGCUUUUCCCGCCGAGAACCUGCUCCUAGGGGCCGUUUGCGCCGAGGACCCUCGCUUCUUCUGCCUGGUGACCACCGCGCACGUCAUCGACGGUCGGGUGGCGCGAGACGUUCCGUUGAGGGCCUCCUGCCACGUUUUCUUCAUCGACCCGGAUCUGGCCGACCACGCGGAGCACGCGGGGAUCGCCGCGCGCUUCGACUCGGAUUGCGGCCCGGAUCCGGACGCCUCCUCGGGUUGCCCGGAAUUCCCCCGGUCUCCGCCCGAAGUCCUUCGUUUUGUCACCGCGCUGUAUAGCGACAUGGGGGACGCGGUGGAGAGGCUCCGAGCCGAGCUAGAGGCGGAGGCCCGUCAGAGAGCGGAGGAGAACGGAGGCGGCGCGAGUAGCAACGGGGACAGCGGUAUCGACAACGCCUCGCCCCCCGAGGACAGAGCCGCCAGAGAUUUCCCUUCGCUAAUCCCAAACUGCUCCGGGGUCCUCCUCCCCACCUGUCCACGGGAUAAUCCCGCAUCCCCGGACCGCGUCCCGUUCGACUUUUACGAUGGUGACCAAACACCGCAUCCGGGGCACGGCGGCGGCGCUCGCUCCCUUUCGGAGUCGCUUCCCGGGCCAGAUUCGCUGGCGGGCUUUUACGGCGGUCCGCCGCCUCGGCUCAGGUUCCGAUUCAAGCCGCCCCCGCCACCGUUUCCUCCUUUGGGCCAAAAAACGCCAGAGCCUCUUAAGGCUAGCCGGCGCUGGUUCCGCAAGCCCAAAUGGUCCAAACCCCUCGGCGGCGAUCCGGAGCCUCGGGCGGCGCCGCACGACGAGCCGCCCCCCGCGAGCCGGAUUCCCCCGGACGAGUACGGCUCUGCCGAGCUCCUCCCGAUGAUGCCCCCCGAAGACGAGUGGACCCGAGCCUUCGCGGAGAGAAAGAACCACUGUGGGAAAAAUGGCUCCAGAUUUUGGGGAUUGGGUGUGCUCCGCGCCUCCAAACGCCGCACGUCAAAACGCCUCAGCCUGGCUCGAUCGCUGGACGACCUCGAGUCGGCGGCUUCCUCGGACGGCGAUUACAGCGGCGGCGUUCAGUUGCAAGGAUGCUGCAGCCACAGCAGCCUGAACAGUAACGGCAGUCUCCCCGGCAGCCGGCGGGGGCUUCCGGAACAACGCGUGGCCGGCUGGGCCGCCUGCUUCGAGCGCCUCCUCCAGGACCCCGUGGGCGUCCGCUACUUCUCGGAAUUCCUCAAGAAAGAAUUUAGCGAGGAGAAUAUCUUGUUCUGGCAAGCCUGCGAAUACUUCAGUCAUGUUCCCGCCACUGACAAGAAACAGCUGUCCCGGAGAGCCGGCGAGAUUUACGACAGCUUCCUGUCGAGCGAGGCGACCAUGCCGGUCAACAUUGACAGCCAAGCUCAGCUGGCCGACGACGUCCUCACGUCCCCGAGGCCCGAAAUGUUCAAGACUCAACAGCUGCAGAUCUUCAACCUGAUGAAGUUUGACAGCUACUCGCGCUUUCUCAAGUCCUCCCUUUACCAGGAGUGCACACGCGCCGAGGCGGACGGCCUGCCCUUGCCGGAUCCCUACCGGAUCCCCUGCAGUCCGGCGCCGUCCAAACACAGCGCCGGCUCGGACCGCUCCGCCCUCUCCACUCCCAAAAAGGACGCCGGGAAACAGCGGUCCGGCGGGUCGCUGGCCGAGGACGGCCGAGACGAGGGCGCCGACAGAAAACGCGGGAUUUUCUUCUCGUGGUCUCGCAACCGGAGCUUCGGCAAAGGUCCGAAAAAGAAGGACGUCGGCGACAUCGACCUCGACUACUGGGGGAGCAACGGGCGAAGGGAGUCGCAGGGCUCCUUGUCGUCUAGUACGAGCCUGGACAUGGCGACUUCCUGCUCCGCCGGCAAGAUGGAGUCAGACAACCGGCACUCGGCGGGCGCGUGGGAGCGAUCUCCCAAACGGUGCAACGUGACGCUGCCCGACGGCUCCCGCUCGUCCGUCACCCUUCGCUCCGGCGCUUCCGUUCGAGAGCUCCUCCAGAUUCUGUGUCACGGCAUCGGCGUCAACGUGGCGGCGGUGGACCUCUUCCUGGUGGGAGGAGAAAAGCCUUUGGUGUUGGACCAAGACUGCAUGACCCUGAGCUCACGAGAUCUGCGACUAGAGAAGAGGACCUUGUUUCGACUGGACCUGGUUCCCAUCAACCGCUCGGUGGGGCUGAAAGCCAAACCCGGCAAGCCGGUCGCCGAGGUUUUACGCCCCGUGGCGGCCAAGUACGGCCUGCCGCUCGCCGAUCUGGUGGUAAAAAUAAGUGGCCGGACGGAACCUUUGGACUUGGGAGCGCCUAUAUCCACUUUGGACGGUCUGCGGGUCGUGCUGGAGCGGGCGGACGCGCCUCCCUGCAAAGACGCGUCCAAGAGCGCUUUCCUCAAAAACCAAGCCCCUCCCGGGAGUCUUUCGGCAGCGGGAGAUGAGAGGUCAACGACGCCAAAGGAGUUUUACGGGAGAGCGGCUGGACCGGACUCGGCGCUCCUUGGCGAAAAGAGAAAACAGAAAAAGAUUAAUAUAGACGAAGCCGAAGAAUUCUUCGAGCUGCUGAGCCGGGCGCAGAGCAGCCGGGCGGACGACCAACGCGGACUAUUGAGCAAGGACGACCUGGUGCUUCCCGAUUUCCUGCGACCGGAGAGCCUUCCCGUUUCCCCUCCUUCCCGCUCUACGCCGGAUCCUCUGAAACGACGGCGCGAGAACGGCGGAGGCCCGCGCGCCGAGAGUCCGGACUCCUCGGCGGGACGCGAGCGCCGCCCGCCUCGCGGGCCGCCGUUCGGCUCCCGCUCGUCCCCCCUCCCGCGGCCCGGCCUCCGCACGGUGGAAGAGGACGCGUCGGCAGACUCGGAGGGUGACGGCGCGCCGCCUCCGCCGCCCGCCGCCCCGUCGCCCGUGCCGUCGCUGGAGGGGAGCCUGCCCGAGGCCAACUUCACCCCGCCGCCGCCGCCCUGCCCUCACGCUCGAGACGCGGACGUGACAUCCACUCCAGGCGCCGACGGCAGCGCAAAAGAGAACCGGGCUUCGGCACGGGAAGCGGACGCGGAGGGCGCGGCGCCCGGGGACGACUCGGAGCUCAGCCUGAGCUUCCGGGGCUACGUGGCCGAGCUGCGCCAGUGCCAGAGCCGGAUGAGGAACGCCCGGCCGGACGAGCCCGACGCCAAGGCCGACCUUUUUAAAGCCACCGUCGUCUAA